UGUUUGUUGUGUUGGCGUAGGGAUAGUUAUUAUAAUAAGUGAAAGCAGUAGUAGUAUCAUAAGUAUAAUGAUGCUGUUUCUAUGGCUGGUGACGACGUUCUUGGUGCAAGUAGGGAACCUUGGUAUGAUAACGAUCGAGCUAAAUGAUUUAAAGAAGCUUGUAAUGCAUAAUCUUGUAGAUUACGAGUGUGAAUGUAAAGGGAAUAAUG